AUGAGAAAAUCUUCAAGAUCUGUGACCAGUAAUGUAGGAGCAUUGCAGAUAAGCAGUGUUAGAGAUGGAGAAAGAGGAGCUCAAGUUGUGGCUGGUUGGCCUUCUUGGCUAGCUUCCGUUGCUGGUGAAGCCAUCAAUGGUUGGAUUCCACGCAAGGCUGAUUCCUUUGAGAGGAUGGAAAAGAUUGGACAAGGAACGUAUAGUAGUGUGUAUAAAGCUAGAGACUUAGAGACGAACAAGAUAGUUGCAUUGAAGAAAGUGAGGUUUGCUAGUAAGGAUCCUGAGAGUGUUAGGUUCAUGGCAAGAGAGAUUAUUAUUCUUAGAAGGCUUGACCAUCCUAAUGUUAUGAAGCUUGAGGGUUUGAUCACUUCAAGGGUAUCAGGGAGUAUGUACCUUAUCUUUGAAUAUAUGGAACAUGAUCUCUCAGGUCUUGCUUCAACCCCUGGUGUUAACUUCUCUGAGGCACAGAUUAAAUGCUAUAUGAAACAGUUGCUACAUGGUCUAGAACAUUGUCAUAGCCGAGGUGUAUUGCAUCGUGACAUCAAAGGCUCUAAUCUGCUGCUUGACCAUAACAACAAUCUCAAAAUUGGAGAUUUUGGUCUUGCCAACUUUUACGGAGAGCACCAGAAGAAGCAGCCUCUCACUAGCCGUGUUGUAACUUUGUGGUACCGUCCACCUGAGCUCCUACUUGGUUCAACGGACUAUGGCGUUACAGUGGAUUUGUGGAGCACAGGAUGUAUUUUAGCUGAACUCUUUAAUGGGAAGCCUAUCAUGCCUGGGAGAACUGAGGUGGAACAACUACACAAGAUCUUCAAACUAUGUGGAUCACCUUCUGAAGAGUAUUGGAAGAGAACGAAACUUUCACACGCCACCGUGUUUAAACCUCAGAAUCCUUAUAAGAGGUGUGUAGCCGAGACGUUUAAGAGUCUUCCUUCUUCAGCUUUGGCACUAGUGGAAGUUCUUCUAGCUGUUGAACCAGAUGCCCGUGGAACCACAGCUCAUGCCCUUCAAAGCGAGUUCUUUACAACAAAGCCUUUUGCAAGUGACACAUCAAGUUUACCGAAGUAUCCAUUUAAAAAGGAAACUGAUGUGAAGCUUCGAGAGGAGGAAGCAAGACGAAAGAAAGAAACAAGCAGUAAGCAGAAUGAGUCUAAACAAGUAUCUAGAGAAUCCAAAGCUGUGCCGGCUCCAGAUGCCAAUGCUGAGUUACUAACAUCAAUACAAAAACGUCAAGGGCAGCAUAACAAGACAAGCAUGAGUGAAAAGUUCAAUCCUAAUGAAGAUGCAGCUGGCUUCCUCAUCGAACCGCUGAAGAGUGGAACCGGACAAAACGGUUACACACGCUAUGGUGUGUCCUCAGGUUCGAGUCGGUCCCCUCAUAGGAAAGAACUGAGAACACAAAGGUCUUUUGUACAACGAGGAGCAGCGCAGUUGACAAAAUUCUCAAACUCUGUAGCUGCUAGAGAUGCAUCACAUUUCGCUAUAGCAAAUCCACGGUGGCUUGAAGAAAGGUAUAAUAACAACAACAACGGAAGUCAAGAUGAUGGUGAUUGGUCCCAACGUUUGCUGGUUAAACCCAAAGAUUCUACAAAGGACAAAGAAUCUAUACUGGGUCAUGGUGAAAAAACAGAGAAAAUGAACUACUCAGGGCCAUUAGUUUCUUCAAGAGGGAACUUAGAUGAAAUGUUGAAAGAACAUGAAAUACAGAUUCAGUUAGCAGUUCGAAAAGCUCGAGCGGAUAAGAAGACUAAUAGGGACGAUCAUGGACAGACACAAGCGUUUCUUGCUGCAAACGGUAGGUGAGAGGUAUCAGAUAAUCAAAGAGAAAGAUAAGAAGAAUCUUUUGGGGGUGAUUAGAGUCAGUUUGUUUAAUUUAUUUAUUCAUCAUUUUUUUAUAUUAAUGUUCGUAGAGUUUGUUCGUAGAGUUUCCAUCGUAAAAGUCAUUAUUGUAGGUUCAAAAAAAAUAAUGCAUAAAAUAUUUAGUACACAUAACUUUGUUGAGACGCCAGAGCAGUCUGGUGUCAAACGUUUGUGUAUAUUCAUUCUAUAGAGAUUGAAAAGGACUGAACAUACGUAAGUAGUAGUCUUAACUGCUAGUGGCUACUAACCACCAACAAACUUU